AAACAUUAUAUUUGGUCAAGGCCUCUAUAAAUUAGACCAUUCUUUCAUAAAAAGAGAAGGAGAAGGAGAGGAAGAAGAAAGAAAGAAGGAGAGGAAAUGGCUCAACAUAAACAGGUGAAGAAGUCAAGAGUUGUCAAAGUAGACUCAGAAGAAUCAUGGAAUUUCUUCACUACUCAAGCUGCCAAUAAAGGCUGCCCCGUUAUGGUGCACUUUACAGCCUCUUGGUGCAUGCCAUCGGUAGCCAUGAAUCCUUUCUUUGAGCAACUAGCCAUCACCUAUCAAGAUUUUCUGUUUCUCACAGUGGAUGUGGAUGAGCUUAAGGGUGUGGCUACAAAGAUGGAGGUGAAGGCCAUGCCAACAUUUGUGUUGAUGAGUAAAGGAGCAAAGGUUCAUAAACUUGUGGGUGCUAACCCACAUGAGAUCAAGAAAAGGGUCCAUGCCUUUAUUCUCUCUACUUAAUUAUAAUUAUUUAAUUAAUUAUGUGGCUUCACAUUUUAUUUUAAACAUCUUUUUUUAAGUUAAGGUCUUUAAGGGUUGUAAUUUUUCUUUUUAUUAGAAUUCCUGUUAGUAAAAAACAAGUCAUCUAUCAAAUUUAUAUAUAUCCAUGGUGAAUAUUUGCAUUGCUUGAAAGCCACAG